AUGCCAAUGAACAUUUCGAGAGGGUAUUACAUGCUGAAGUACAGGUACAGACUGCCUGCUAUCGGCAGAUUCGGUUACCAAGAGCGGAGGGCGUUUUAUGCCAGUGCGCUGCAGCUGCAGCAGUUGAAGAAUCCGUAUGAGACUCUGGGGGUCAACAAGGACGCGUCGUCCUCGCAGAUCAAGAAGGCGUAUUACAAGCUUGCCAAGCAGUACCAUCCCGACAUAAAUAAGGAGCCAAACGCGGAGAAAAAAUUUCAUGAUUUGCAGAACGCGUACGAAAUCCUGUCUGAUGAGAACAAGAAACAGCAGUUCGACCAGUUUGGAGCAGCGGCGUUUGAUUCCAGCGGCAAUGCGACCGGAGGACCAGGUGGGGCCGGUGGGUUCGGUGGGUUUGGGAAUGGUUCGGGCUAUGCGGAUUUCUCCGGGGGGUUUGGUAACUUUGGUGGGAUCAAUUUUGAGGACCUGUUUGGAGCAGCGUUUGGUGGCGGUGGCGGAGCUGGAGCUGGCGCCCGUGGCGGCAGGUCGAGUGGCCGUGCUUCGAUGUUCCGGGAGUACAAGGGCGACUCCACGGAGGUCACACACAGAUUGAAGUUCAAAGACGCGAUCUUUGGCAGCAAAAAUGUCACGUUGCAGUUCAAAGUGCUUGAUCCGUGCCACAAAUGCCAUGGUUCGGGUUUGAAACCGAAUGCGAAGAAAAUGACUUGUCCAAGUUGCCACGGCACGGGUACGCAGGUUCACAUUAGGGGUGGUUUCCAAAUGGCGUCAACCUGUCAACAGUGUGGCGGUGAGGGUACUAUCACCAAGCCAGAAGACACCUGUCCAACAUGCCAUGGUGAAGGUGUCGAGGUUAACAGUUCCAAGACCAUCACGGUUGAUUUGCCGCAGGGCUUACAGGACGGCGAUGUCGUUCGUAUACCAGGCCAAGGCUCUUAUCCGCAUAUGGCGGUGGAGCCAGACCUCAAGGACUCGGUUAAACUACAUAGGGGUGAUGUUCUAGUAAGAAUACGUGUUGAUAGGGAUCCGAGAUUCACGGUCAAGAACAAAUACGAUAUUUGGUUUACUAAAGAAAUUCCAAUAACAACAGCUGCCUUGGGUGGUUCGGUGACGAUUCCAACUGUCGACGAUUCUCAGGUUAGAUUGAAAGUCAAGCCAGGAACUCAAAACGAUGAAAUUAUUUCCAUACCAAAUAUGGGAGUUCCGAAAAUCAAUGGUGAGCGUGGCUUCUUCAGGGUUCAAUACAAGAUUGUCAUUAAAAAACCGCAGUCCAAGGCGGAGAUUUGUCUAUGGGAAGCUCUAGCUGAUAUCACCAAUGACAAUUCUGCGAAGAGGACGGAAACCCAAUCAAAAUCUGGUUCUUCAGACAGCGAGUCUUCAGCUGCCAAAACUGCUACUAUUAAUCCUGAUAAUCCAAGCGCUCUUGGUAGAUUGGAGAACUUCAUCUCAAAUACAUUCAAGAAGAUAAAAGGCGGUGAAUGA